CACAAGUGUUUUUACAACUAGCCAUCCACAAAGAGAAAAAAAAUACUAGCUAAACCAGCAUUGUAAAAUGGCAACAAAUGCAGAUGCAGAGAACACAAAGCCUGCUGCUAUAAACCCUGCAAUCGAUCCAUUCUCCUACCUUGGCAUGACCUUCAAUGUCGACGGCUCAAUCACGCGUGAACACGGCCUCUUAGGCACUCCUACCACAUUUGAUCCCAGCCUCCCAGUCCUCACAGAAGAUGUCAUUUUUAACGAAUCAAACAACACAGGCGCCCGUUUGUACAUAAAUUCCAAGGCCUUGGAGGAAUCGAGCUCCUCCAGUGCACGAUUGCCAGUGAUUGUUUAUUUCCAUGGCGGCGGAUUCAUUAUAGGCAGUCCAGCCUCCCCUGUCUACCAUGAUUUUUGCUCAUUGAUGGCCUUUGAAGUGCCUGUUUUAGUUCUAUCAGUUGAUUACCGUCUAGGCCCCGAGCAUCGCCUCCCUGCAGCUUAUGAGGACUGCACCGAGGCCUUGCAGUGGCUCAAAACCGCCCCUCAUGAGUGGCUAUCAAAGUUUUCAGACUUGUCAAAUUGUUAUAUCAUGGGAGCUAGUGCAGGAGGCAACAUAGCCUACCAUGCCCCUGCAUUUUUACGAGACGUUGAUGUUAGUCCACUUAAAAUCAGGGGAAUGAUCCUGAUUCAGCCUUUCUUCGGUGGGGGCAAGAGGAGUCAGUCAGAACUAAGGCUUGUCAAUGACAAGGUGCUGCCACUCAACGUGAACGAUAUAAUGUGGGAGCUGGCAUUGCCUGAUGGUGCUGAUCGCGGCCACGAGUACUGUGAUCUGACGGCUGAGAGUGAGUUAGGUAGUUGUGAUUGGAUAAGGAAGCUGGGGUGGAGAGUUAUGGUGCAGGGGUGUGAUGGUGACCCUUUGCUGGACCGACAGAUUGAGAUGGUGAAAUUGAUGGAGCAGAAAGGAAUUGAAGUUGUGAGCAAGUUUGAUGAGGGUGGGUGUCAUGCAAUUGAGGUUCUUGAUCCGUCUAAUGCUAAGACUCUGUGCUUGGCUAUCAAAGAUUUUAUUUCUCCUACUGCUUAAUCUUGUCAUAGAAGGAGCGGUGCUACUGCUCCCUCGAAUCAUGUUAUCCGCUUACCAGAGGUCGAGGAUUACUGUUUAGUAAUUUAAUGUUUUAACUUGGAAAUAUAUACUCCCUCCGUCCCCCUGAGUUGUAUACAUUGGGGGACGGGGACGCGGCACGGACUUUAAUGCUCUUGUAAAGUGUAGUUGUGUUAUUUAUUUUUAAAAUUUUCUUUUUCUGAAUUAAAGUUUGGAUGUUAUAUUUUUAUUCAGAAAAAAAAAAUCUCAAAAAUAAGUUACGGAACUAUAUUUUAUAAGAGCAUUGAAAUGCGUGUCGAGCAGUUAAAAAGAAACGUAUACAAUUAAAUGGGACAGAGGGAGUAUCUUGUUUGAAUUUUGGAAAUUAUUUUGCCUUUUUAUCUUA